GGAACAGUUGCGAAAUUGGUGGGGUCGUUUCGUAUCGCUGGGACGGUGGACGGGCGCUCCCGUCCUGGUCCGUGAACCAGAAAGUUCCAACUUCCACUGAGCCACGGAUCAGAUAAGGAAGGACAUCAUUGGAAAGCUGAGCGGCGGCGGCGGCGGCGAUACUUCCGGCCACCCGGGGACAAGGAUAAUGGAGGAUGUGGGUAUUGAGUUUCUUCUCAACGCCGGGACAGGAGAAACGAACCGUAGCGACCCCGAAGAUUCAAAUGCUGUGUCUGGCUGCGGUCAGCGGCUCAGGAAAGACGGAGCUGAGAAAGCACGAGACAGAGUCUGCCGGCGUCGGAAAUCAUCACCGAGGUGGGCGCAGUCCACAUACAGAAUCAACCCCCCAGGAUGGACGAAAAACUGAGAUAGUGGAUGAGGCCGAAGAAACUGAAUCAGCUGAGGUAGUGGAUGUGGCCAAAGAAAUUGAACCACCGCGGUCUCCGUGGGCGGAUUUGGAACCUGCUGAUGGUUGGGAGCCGGAGCUGUCUAGCCUGCUUGGUUGCCCUGGUGCACAUGGUACCCGCUGACUUGCUGCUGAGCACGGGCUAUCUGCUGAGGGCUCAUCCUCCUCAGGUAUGAGCGCUGAAAGUCGAAGAAGCGACACAGCCGAGCCCGCGGAAAAAUGCAGACCUAUAGGCAGAAACUCAAUAACACGCCUGAAGCCUGCAAGAUGCAAGAACUGUGGUGUUGAAGGUCACCGCCGCAACAGCUGCACUAGGCCUCGACUCUGGGUGUUAUUGCAUCUUGAAUUGAAUUGCAUUUACAGUAUGGUUCAGUUUGAGGAUUUUCUAGUGCGUGCUGCCCGCUUGUUCAUCUACGUUGUACAAUGGCUUUGUGUUCACCAGUUGUUGCGUUCAUGAGUUAUGUUUGUGAACAGUUUGCUGUGUUUUCGCAUGUAGUCGACUAGUCGAGGACUGCCUAGUGUAUGAUGCCUGUCAAGUCUGUGUGUUCCUGAUUGUAAAAACUCCUCCUAGCUGUGUCCUGGGUCACUCGAUGACGAGAGUUUUCGCUGUAUGUGUCAUCAGAUGACUGUCUGUUCAAACGGAAUCCGUAUUCUUUUCCCGCAUGGGCUGAUUCGAGCGUUCCGGCGUCGGCGUGUCCAAAUGCAGUUUGCCAGUUUGCCCUCUCGAGCCCGC